CAGUAACACGUGUCUGCUGUUACAGGGAGGGAAAACAUAGCAACAGCAGCUCUCAAAACAGGAAAAGCGGUCUCCCUUCGUAAAGCCGUCUCCUUUCGUAAAGAUUGAAACGAUAUGUUAUUAACUUGAGUCAUUAGUGGACGAUAAAGUUACAAUAACUAUAGGAAAUCAGAGCGACCGACAGCUGCCUAUUAUUAUUUUUUGAUCACGCCAUAUCUUUACGAAAUGGAUGUACUGUUUUUGCGAUACGAACUUAGGAUGUGUUUACCUUACAGACGCAAAGAUGCAAAGAACAUGAUCAGGACUGAUGGCCUCUCUAAAAGUGAGGCGACUCGGCGGGACAAUGGGACGACACCACCCCAGAUGCUGCACCUUUUAUCCGCUGUCUUCGUGUGGCUCGUGACGGGCACGACCAUAUCCAGCUUAAACAAAUGGAUAUUUGCCGUGUACAACUUCAGGUAUCCUCUGCUUCUGUCAGCACUGCACAUGCUCACCGCAAUAGUGGUGGACUACGGGCUGAUCAAGCUGAAAGUCAUCCGUCACCGAGGAGUCGGCGAGCAGGACUUGACAGCCAGCGCAAAGUUCAAGGUGUUCCUACUGAGUUUAACUUUUUGUGCAAGCAUCGCGUUUGGGAACGUGGGGCUCAACUAUGUCCAGUUGUCUUUCGCACAGAUGAUCUAUACCACCACACCAAUUUUCACGUUGGCCAUAUCUACUCUGAUCCUCGGAAAACAACACCACAUGAUAAAAUACACCGCUAUGAUGCCAAUCUGCCUCGGAGCCUCUUUCAGCAUUAUGGGCGAGGUCCAGUUCGACCAGACGGGCUGCCUUUUCGUUGUCGCCGCCACAAUGCUACGAGGUGUUAAGUCCAUUCAACAGAGCAUCCUACUCCAGGAGGAGAAGAUCAACUCUGUCUUCCUCCUCUACCUCAUGUCUAUCCCCAGCUUCUGCAUCCUGAUCGUGGCAGCCCUGGCGCUGGAGAACUGGGCCGUCCUGGAGUCGCCGUUCAGCUACGACCGGCACCUGUGGCUCUUCAUCCUGCUCAGCUGCCUGGGCUCGGUGCUGUACAACCUGGCCAGCUGCUGCGUGAUCACGCUCACCUCGGCCGUCACGCUGCACAUCCUGGGCAACCUGAACGUGGUGGGCAACCUGCUGCUCUCGCAGCUGCUCUUCGACAGCCAGCUGUCGGCACUCAGCUGUGCCGGCGCCGCACUCACACUCUCCGGCAUGCUCAUCUACCAGCACUCGGAGUUCAUCGCCGGCUACCUGGACUCGCGGCACGCCCGGCAGACAGAGAGCCAGGCGGACGGGGAGAGGGACAGGGAUGGAAUGGUCCGUCCACUACUGGACUGCUGCUCAAGGGUGCCGGAUGAAGACUCCAGCCUGCUGACAGAGAGCCAAUCUGGGGAGGAGUCAGCAGCAGAACCGGAGACUCCCGACUUGGAUGGAACGUCAGAGGUCGAGAGGCAAGAGGUGAAGGAGGAGACUUUAGAUGGCAACAAGGACAAGUUGGACUGAGGCGGUCAGAAGCGGAAUGAUGGUGAAAGAUACAGUGUGGAAUGCUCACAGUGGAGCACAUGCUGACACAGGUGGGCAUCACGAACCUCCAAGGCGAGAAGCGUCUCCAUGCCUCGGAAAACAGACGGACAGACACACAGCGUUCAGAACUCUCUCUCUCUCUCUCU